AUGUCUUCCGCACCCGCUAAAAAGGAAUUCCUCUGCAUUCUGCCCGAUAAGCCUGGUGCGCAGGCUAAGCGUCUUGAAGUUCGGCCUUUACACCUCGAGGGUGUCAAGCCACACGUCGCAUCAGGUACUAUUGUUGCAGGCGGCGCCAUGCUCAACGCCCACCCCGCUGACGGCGAGACUCCCUCUUUCAAGGGAAGCAUGAUGAUGGCCGUUGCAGAGAAUGAGGCGCAGGUUCUCGAGCUGCUGAAUAAUGAUAUCUAUGUUAAGAGCGGUGUGUGGGAUAUGGAAAAGGCGCAGAUUAUUCCGUAUAAGUCUGCCGUUCGUGAGGCUCUGUGA